GGUGGAGUAAGUGUUUGGAGGUUGCCUUAAAACUAGAACGCGGAGGUGGAAAAUCACCCUGACCACCUCCAAACUUUCUGGGGCUUCAAAAGACGCUCCAGUCCGAAAGAAUUCAAUGAAAUACACCUCAAAGUUUCCUUAGAAGAAGCAAGAGUUGGCGUUGAAGUGACUUUUUGAAGCUGGAGCUGCUUCCUUGUUCGACAACGGGGUGAAAUAUCUCAACAUCCUCACAAAGAAACUUUGCCUGCUAGGCUGCUAACUCGCACACAAGCCAGACAAAAAAAAAGUAUGAUUGCCGUUGAAGAAACGACCUCGAGGUUUUAGCAACGUCUCUUCCGUCGAGCUAAAGGUUGCUGAAAGUUGAAUUAACUUCGAAAUUCUUGUCUGAAUGAUUCAAGACCGAAUUUGUUUUAACGGGGUUUGAAUAGUCAUCAUCACCAGUGGAGGAAGGGUUACAGCUGGUCACUAGCCACACAGCGCCCCCAGAUCUCCACCAGGCAGGACAUCCAUUGCUGCCGUGUACUCCCAAGUCUGGAGAGAUGUCUGCCCGAGGUGGAGUGACACAGAUCCGGGGAGCGGCUUUGGGUCCACAGCCCCUUAAAGCUACUGUUCCAUAUCAGCUGUCCAGCAAGCCUCGAGUAAACCGCAGAGAUGGAAAGUCAGCUGAAAAGGCCAAACUGCAGCAGCUGAGCUCUGGCAUGAGGCGGACAGUGUCUCUUGACGCCAUUAUUGGCCCGUACCUGCAGGGACACUGGCCCAAAGAACCCGAGGGUCAGAGCAGCAUUUGUCACAAGGACAAAUCCACCCAGACCCCGAACUCAUGGUCGGAUGAUUCCCAGAGCAGGAGAGGCAGCAGCAGCAGCAGCCACAAACGAUCAGCGUCAUGGGGCAGUGCUGAGCAUCUGCGAGAGAUUUCUAAACUCAAACAACAGCUGCAGCAGCGCAGCAGCAAACCUGCAGUCUCAGGGGGGCAUGACAAAGACCGCCAGCGUGGCUAUCCUCAGGGGAGCUGCAGCCUAGGAACCACUCAGACCCAACCAAUUCCCAUCCCCCUCUCUCCCCUGUCCACACUUGUCCCUCGACUGCGCUGCAGUGUGGAGGGCCUCAACCAGGAGCUGGAGGGCAUGUUCAUUUGCCAGCCUCCUCAUCCUCAGCCCAGGCUUCUUGAAGUUCCAGAUGGUCAUCGGGCUCCGGUACCUCCACAGAGCUGCAGCAGUGGAUCUCAGAGUGAUCCUGCAAACACACCCCUGUCCUCCUCGUCCUCAUCCUCCUCACCCGGUUCUCCUCUCAUCUACAUCUCCACUUCCCCUACAAUCUCUGAGGAUGCACCUCCGGAGCAGCACCGAGGUUUGACAGACAGCGCAGAGAUGUGUCUGCUGUCUCCGUUCUCGUCCCAGAAUGAAGCAGACCGCUCCCUGCCUCUGCUGAUGUCGUCCUCCCCGGGGCCAAACAAGAGCUGCUGCUUCCAGAGAGAGCCUCCAGAAGGCUGCGAGAAAGUCCGAGUCUGGGAGGAGACGAGCCACUCACACCAACUGAAGCCCACCCUAAUCUCCUCCUGCCCUGACCCGAACAAGGUAAACUUCACCCCCCAUGGAGGCUCUGCCUUCUGCCCCGUCAGCCUCCUGAAGCCCCUGCUCCCCUCCAUGGACCUGCUGUUCCGCAGCCUUGCCGUCUCUCCAGCGGGCAGCUGCUCGAGCCAGGGAACCAGCUCCUGCCAGGCAACAUCCUCCGGCGACCGGGUCGCUCCUCCUGAUCCUCCUUCAACAGCGCUCACUGCUGCUGUGGUGGGAGAAGGCUUGGGGGAGGGGCUUGCAUUCUGAUCUUUUUCUUUGUGUAAAAUGAUAAUGCAAAUAAUCUCAUUGGUCUGGUACAAGUUGGUCAAAAUUGCUUUAUAUUAAGGAAGGAAAAUUCCUUUUCUAUAUAGGUCUAAAAUCUUAAAAUGAAAAAAAAAAAAUAUUGAAAGAAAAAUUGAUAACUAUGUGCUUUAAGAGCUACUUGUUUAGGAUUUCUGGGCAUAUUGACAUUUUUUGGUUCUCAUUUCAUAAUCCAAAGAUGUAUUUUAGGCCAAACACCAGUGCAGAUCUUCUCGCAUCUUUAAGUCUUUAUCAAUCACUGCACAUUUUCUGCCCAAAGAAGCCGUGGCAGACACUUAUUUCUUGAUCCUUUGUUUCGCUUACUCUACCCAGAGUAUAAAUAUUUUGGGCAGAGUAAGAAAAGCUGCAUCUUGGAUAAGUGGAUUUUAAGUAUUGAUAUAUAUUCUCUGCGAUUCACCUUCAGUUCUUUUUACCUAAUCUGACCUCGCACCUCCCUCUGGUGUACAAAGCACGACAAAUCAGUUGGGUACUUUUAAUUUACCUGAUUAGAAAAAAAAAAAAACAUGACGCAAUGAAUUAUUUUUGUAGACUUAAGGGAAUUUAAAGGUGUUGGACUUGGGUAGCAUCGAUACCUAAAGGCGUCAGCUCAUGCAUUCCUACUUUAAAAAGUUACACAGCUGUUUAUAUGUUGGUCAUCUUGUUUACUUGUUUAAAAAAAGAACUUGUGCAUGUGUUAAUGGACACGACCUGUCCUGCCCUGAUGUGUGCUUGAUGCUAUGUGUAUAGUUUUGAGGUUUCACGACCUAGUCGACUACCUAACCAGUUUUAGUGGUGUAGAUUGUUUCCCCGAAGAUGUUCCUCUUCUUCUGCCGAGCUGACAAAGUUUUGACGUUCAGAUAGUUUUAUUUCUGGUAGACAUGUUUGCACAAAUUGAACUGCUACGUUUGAGUCGCAUUUCUUAUUUUUAUAUCCACUUUUUGUACGUUAAGAGUAGUAAUGUGUAUUUUCUACAUCUUUUUCAAUUACCUGCAACAUAAGCUAAAAAAAAAAAAGAAAAUGUUACUUGUGGUUUUGUUCUGUCGGUAUAAUUGAGGCAGGUGUUACAUGAGAUACUGUAUUGGUGGAUUUUUAUGCACUUCCAGGAGAAGGUUUCUUCCAUAUGUUAAGUGUGGCUGACAGGAGUUUUGUUUGUGUGUGUGUGUGCAUGUGGAUGAACAGUUAAAUAGUCUGAUUUUUAUUUUGACUUACUUCUCCUAGUUUAGUAUCCUGGUGAAAAUACUGAUGAAAUGAAACAUUGUAUUCAAAAUAAGCCUCAAAUUCGAUGUUUUCUGUAUCAGUGUGAAUGCUGGGGAUGUGCUGUUUCUCUCAGGUUCUGCGUUCUGUCCACAUAAAUAUGACUGAUAAAAUGAUGUGUUUGUGGUUUAUUAAAGUAGUCUUAAGUUAUAA